AUGCAGAUGGCUGGGGACAUAUUCCCUACUGACUGGAGCCCACCACCUGUAGAGUUCCUAAACCCAAAGGCACUACAGACACAGUGGGUGGGUGCAGCAGGCCCUCAGGGCCGGAGGAGACCACCCAAGGAGUUGGAGCAGAAGCCCUUGGACUUGGACUCAAAGCAGGGUAUGACCUCACUGGAGGACCUGUUCUGGAACAUGGCAAGCCCAAGCCAACAGGCUGGAACCCUAGAAAAGCACAGCCAUGCUUUGGACACUUCUGGGCACUCAGAGCACUAUGUCAACAGCUUAGAUUACUUACUGCAAGAAAAGAGGGAACAGGCCCUGGAGCAGAAGUGGGAGAAGCUGCUUCUGCACGAUCAUCCUGAUCCUGAUUCCUCAGAUUCAGAGAACAGUGAAGUACUUCUCAUGCCUGAGCAGAGAAUACUGGUGGAGAAGUUCUCUGUGUCCCUGAAGGUCAUCCCCCCAGUACAUCCAGGUGAGACUGUGUUUCUGCCCAGGCGUCAUCCCCUGCCCUGCAUCUUGGACUCCUUACACCUAAAGCCACACAGCCACCUGGAAGAGCUGUUCCUCAGCUCCCGGCCAGACCAGCAGCUCUGCUUCCUUCACAAUGGCCUCCUGAACAACCUCUACCUGCACGCCUCUGACUGCUCAGUGCCUCUGCUCCAGUGGCUGUUCCAGCUGCUAACAUGGCCUCCAGAAACAUCUUCAAAAGCUUUUGGUCUCCUUUGGGAUCUCAGUAUGGAUGGGCUCUUCUGUCAGUCAGAUGAAGACAUGCACCUGUGGUGUCCCUCACUAGAGGAGGUCACAAAGGUAUUCCACAGUUUAGGAGCCCCCAACUCUGACCUCUGCUCACUGGAGCCCUUACAGCUCAGUGGCAGAAUGCUUGAAAACAAAAUCAGCCUGAGUUGUCAGGAGCAGGAGGACUCCCCACAAGAGGUGGUCUUGGACAUCAGCCUGAGCUACAUCUACAAGUUCCUGACGCUGUGUGUCCUAAUGCGGCCAGGCAGCUAUACCGACCAGAGCCUCCUGCAGCUGAUAGAGCUGCUGUGCCGUGCAGGCCUGGAUGUGGAGCUGCGACUGCUGCCCAAGACGGACCUCCAGCAGCUGCUGCUCCUACUUCUGGAAAGCAUCUGUGAAUGGCCAGGGAAGCUCCAGCCACUGUGCAAUGCCCUCAGCUGGGUGUCCAACCAUCACCAUAACCUGCUGGCCCUUGUGCAGUUCUUCCCGAAUGUGACCUCUCGAGGCAGGCAGCUUCGAAGCCAGCUCAGCCUUGUUAUCAUCACCCGGAUGCUGGGCCAGCAAGACAUACUUUUUCUCUGGCAAGAGAAAACUCAGCUGUCUUUACUCAGCCAGCUCCUGAGCCUUAUGAGGCCAUCAUCCCUCAGGCAGUACUUGGUCUCUGAGCUUUUGCCACCCUUCCAGAAGCAACAGCAUAAAGCCAGUGCCGAGCUAGACCACAAGGUCUGCUACCUGUGCCAUAGCCUCCUGACACUAGCUGGGGUGGUGGUCAGCAGCCAGGACAUUACUCCAGACCAGUGGGGAGAGCUGCAGCUGCUGUGUAUGCAGUUGGACCGCCACAUCAACACCCAUAUCCGGGAGAGCCCCCAGGCCAUGCACCGGACCAAACUCAAGGACCUGGCCACCCAGAUCUACAUCCGUUGGCAGGAGCUGUUGGCCCACUGUCAGCCCCAGGCUCAGUAUUUCAGUCCGUGGAAAAGCACAUAAAGAGGCAAGAGCAAGGCAGCCCAGAGCCUUUCAUUUCACUAGUGAUCAAGGCAUUGAAGAAGUCAAAAAAAAAAA